UUACCCAUCCAUCCGUCGUCGCUCGCUCCCCUUCUCGAUCAACAACAGCAACAGCGGCGGUCAAAAGCUUCGCCCGCGACGACCUCCUCCACCCCCUACCCGCUGCAUCCCCUCGUAGUCUCCGCUCGCUCAGCCACCGGAGUCGCCCUCCCCCUGUCGAUGCGACGGAGCUGAAUCGGCGAGGAUCCCGAGGCGGAGGAGGAGGAGCGGACUGCCCGCAUGAGCCUCGCCGGCUCCGCCCUGGAGGCGGCCCUUCAGGCUGUGGGGCGCGGCCUCGACGCCGCCGGGGACCACCGGCUGCUGUACUGCAAGGGGACGGGGAGGCUCGUGACGCUCGACGAGUCGCGCGCGCGGGACCUGACCUUCGAGGGCGGCGUGCUCCGCGGGGUGCCCCCGGACAUCGAGGUCGAGGUCUGCAACAGAAACCAUGAGCGCAUCCACCUGGUCCCGGGCCCCCCCACCGACGAGCCCGUCGUCCUCAGCUUCCAGAAGAUGGCCGAGUGUUUCAACAGGAAGGCAGGCUUGCUGGAAACAACAGUACCUCUGGGGUCCUUCAACUCUCUCUUCAGCUUUACUGGUUCUUGGAAGAAUGAUGCAGCAGCGACGAAAUCCCUGGCGAUUGAUGGCUAUUCCGUGCCUCUAUUUAGAGUUAAGAUAACGAGUGGUGAAUUGUCUCUGCACGACAGCGUUAAGCGUGCAAUUCCACAUAGUUGGGAUCCAUCAGCAUUGGCUAGCUUUAUCGAGAACUAUGGAACCCAUAUUAUUACUUCUGUUACGGUUGGUGGUAAGGAUGAAGUAUACAUAAAGCAGCAUUCCUCAUCCCAGUUGUCCGAGUUGGAGUUCAGAAAUUACGUCAAAGAAAUUGGAAGCGAGAGAUUCUCAGAUGGGGACAGCAAGUUAAAUGCAACUCCCAUAAAUUACAGUGAGAAGGAUAUGACAGUAAUCUUCAGAAGAAGGGGUGGUUGUGAUCUUGUUCAGAAUUUUUUUGAUUGGAUAAAAACCAUUUCCUCAGCACCAGAUGUCAUAGCCAUGACAUUUCUCCCUAUUGUCUCGCUUGUUGGUGACAUGCCUGGAAAGAAGCACCUUGCUCGUGCAAUUGAACUUUAUUUGGCAUAUAAGCCCCAAAUUGAAGAGUUGCAGUAUUUCUUGGAUUUCCAAGUUCCUCUAGUUUGGGCUCCAAUACCACCGGGUAUUGCUGGUCAACAUAGAAAGGAGCCUGUGUGCCCAUCACUUCAGUUUAGUUUGAUGGGUCCAAAGCUCUUUGUUAGCACAGAACAGAUCUCUGUUGGGCGUAGACCAGUCACUGGUCUCAAGCUAUGCCUGGAAGGAACCAAACAGAACCGUCUGACUAUUCAUUUGCAGCACCUUGGCUCAUUGCCAAAAAUAUUUGUACCACAUUGGGAUUCCCAUAUCACAAUUGGACCGCCAAAGUGGCAAGGCCCUGAAGAGCAGGAUAGUCGCUGGUUUGAACCAAUCAAGUGGAAGAAUUUUGCUCAUGUUAGCACUGCUCCCAUAGAGUACACUGAAACAAGUAUUACAGACCUAUCUGGCGUUUAUAUUGUCACAGGAGCACAACUGGGAGUGUGGGAUUUUGGUGCGAAGAGUGUACUCCAUCUUAAACUCUUGUUCUCCAGAGUUCCUGGGUGCACGAUUAGGAGAUCAGUGUGGGACCAUAGUCCAUCAAGUUCUUUGGUGCAUAGGACAGAUGAAGCUUCAUCAUCCUCCAGUGACAAUGCUAAACUAGUGAAGAUUGUUGACAUGACCGAGACAUUGAAGGGCCCACAAGAUGCACCUGGCCACUGGCUGGUAACAGGAGCAAAGUUGGGUGUCGAGAAGGGCAAGAUUGUCGUUCGUGCAAAAUACUCGUUAUUAAACUAUUGACCAAGAAGGCAUUCAUUCAUUCACUCUGCUAUGAAGCAUCCUGUUUAAAGAUAGCAUAUGUUCUUUUGUUCAUCAUGUAUGGUUUUUCAUGUAACAUGAUAUGGAUUCAUGCUUUUUGUUGUUGAUUUUGUGAGCAAAGUAGCACCUA